CAUCAAGAAGAUUGAAAACUAUGCAAAGGCCAUCAACAUGCUAUAUUGCGCGGUCAACCCCGAUGACUACUGAAAGAUCUCCUGUUGCACAACCGCCAAGGAGAUGUGGGACAAGCUUGAAGUAACGUACGAAGGUAUCGAUCAAGUGCGUGAAGCCAAGAUCGAUUUUCUCACCCAAGAGUAUGAAAUGUUCCGAAUGAAAGAAGGUGAGAAAAUCGAUGACAUGUUCGACCGGUUCUCAAAGAUCAUCAACGAUCUUCAUGCUCUCAAAAAGACUUACACCAACAAGGAUCUUGUGAGGAAAAUCUUGCGGAGUCUCACACCCGAAUGGAGGUCAAAAGCUGAUGCAAUCUACGAAUCCAUCGGAGUCUCCAACGUCACCAUCGACGGGCUAAGAGGUAACCUUAAAACGUACGAAUCUACUAUUCUAACCCCGUCUUUGGAUGAACAAAAGAAAAAGGGGAUAACUCUCAAAGCCACCAAGGAACCGGUGGAAGAGGCUUCAAGCGAUGACGACAAUGAAUUCGGGCUCGUCAUCAAGAAGUUCCACAAGUUCAUGAAAAAGGAAUUUGAGCGGAAGGGAAGGAAGCACGACGGUCCUCCCAAAAGCUACGGCUGUGGCGAGAUUGGCCACAUCAAGCCAAGGUGUCCAAAGGCCGAACACGGCAAGGACAAGCCUGGCUUCAAGAAGCAAAGGGCCUACAUCUCUUGGGGUGGCGAUUCCGGCGACGAAUCAACCGACCAAGAGGAGGACGAAGCUGCAAAUGUCUGCCUCAUGGCGCACGAAGAUCAAAGCGACGACGUCCAAGAGGUAUGUAACAUUUCUUCCGACUCUUAUACUUUUGAAGAAAUGCAAGAAGCACUUCAUGAACUUUAUGAGGAAUUUGUUAGCGUUUCCAAAACAAAUAAAUCUUUGAAGAAACGACUUUCUUUACUUGAAAACGAUUUUGAAAAAUUGGAAAAAGAAACUGAAAUACUUAAACAAGAAAACAAUUUUUUUGGAAAAAGAAGCGCUGACAAACCAGAAAGCUCAUCAAGUGAAUGUGGGUCUUGCAAAGCUUUAAAAGAGCAAGUCGCUAAACUUGAGAGCAUGGUCAAGAAAUUUAAUACUCCUCACAGAGACUUGAAUUUACUUCUUGACACUAUGCAUUUUUCUAAGGAAGGAAUAGUUUUCUUCACCAUGGGCAAAGACAAGAGCAGGGCCGCCACCUCCGGGAAAUCUAAGUCCAAAUCCCGGGCGCCUACGUCCUCCUCCGAGGAGCGCUUCUACUAUGGCGACGGGACAUACCUUUGGUUUGAUCUCGAGGAGGAGCGCACCCGUUUCCUCGCCUUCUUCUCUAAACGGGUUGUGGCUCCCCCACGGAUCAUCCCGCAGUGCUACCCGGAGCUGCAAGGCUACGACGACCUUGACACACAGCUUCAUCAAGCCGGCCUUUGGCCGUUCGUCUCUCGGGCGCGCAAGGAGAUCAACCCGGCGCUGAUCCGAGCCUUCUACUCCAACCUCCGGCGUGAGGACGACGUGCUCUACUCGCUCGUCAAGAGCACGCCGAUCGAGCUCACCGUAACCACCACCGUUGGCCCGCUCACGAAGGCCACGAAGAUUUGGACAAUAAGCAACCAAACCUUCAACAAGCGGUCGGACAACGCCGCGGCUGCCACUGCCGAGCCACGCCACACUGCCCCUGCCACUGGCCCAGCCAAACCCCAGGCCCGGGCCAACCUUGCCUCCAUCGCCGACUCCCUCAACCGGCUACACCUCAAAGUUGACGGGAUGGGUGGCUACCUUGAACGGCUCGACGUAGCUGUUCAACGCCAAGGGUACGCCAUGAACGCGUACUUCCAAGGCAUCAACUACGUCCCCCCACCGUACCACGGCACGUUCCUUGGGCAAGUGUACGGUGACGAAGACGAAGCCGAUGACUCCUACACCCCAUCAAGCUCCCCGGAUGAAGAUGAGUUCGACGAUGCCAUUGAUGUCCAUAGCAGGGAUGAGGAUUGGGAUGUACCCCAGGCACAAAAGAAGCUGAAGGGAAAAGCUAUUCAAUUUGAGGGGUCCAGGAGGUCAGCGUUUCAAAGACUUGGCCAUGAAGGCCGAAAUCAAAACCGGCCUGCCAAAGAACGACUAGGGGUGGAAACAACCCCGUUGAGUGCUCUUGAUCGCUUGGGUAGAGGGGCCGAGCGACCUGGUCAGACCAGGCGCGCAGAACCUCCCCAUCGCGAAGAGCCCCAACAUAGCCGGGCGCCCCAUGACGAAGAAGCAGAGAGCCAUCCCAGGCACACGAUCCGCUCCCAUGUUGAACAACCCUGGGAUCGUGUGGGCCGGGUCGAAGCAUGUUUGGAGAAGUUGCAGCGCCAGGUGGACCGGGACGAAAAGAAGAAAAUCUUGCUGAACGAAUCUCCGUUCACAGACCGGGUUCACGAGACCCCAUUUCCAAAGAAAACAAAGUUGGAGGUCCCGAAGUUUACCGGGAAGGAGGACCCGGAAAUACAUGUCAAAACCCUUCAUCAAAGUGGAAGGAUGAUGGGCCUUUCCGGGGACGAAAAAUGUUUACCUUUCUUCCAAACCCUCCGCGGCCGAGCCGUUGAGUGGUUUCAUAACCUACCGGUCGGUGAGAUCGAUUCUUUCGAUGAGCUGGCCGAAGUGUUCCAAGAGAAGUUCAAGGAAAACUGCACCAAGAGGAAAAAGUUUACCUACUUGAGCACGGCCGGGCAGAGGGAGCACGAUGAUUUAACGAAAUUCCUCACCCGGUGGAAGGAUGAGGUUGAUAAAGUCGAGGAGAUGGACGACAAAACCGCCAUGUCCCUCCUAGUGUCCGGACUCUGGUCCGGAGAAUUGUAUAAAGAGUUCUGCAGGAGACCUCCCCAGUCAUACCAAGAGGCCUACAACACGGCCUGGGAUUAUGCUGACGCCGAAGCACAGGUGUCAUCCAAGAGGGAGGCCGAGCAGGGCCAUUCCAAAGGAAAAAUUUCCUUGAAAAAGGAAAUUGAACAGCCCGGGAAAGCGAAGGCGGAAGUCAUGGAGGAUGCAUUUGAAAAGCUCAAGUUGUGUCGGACCCGGCCUGAGCCCUUAAAGACUCCCCUGUCCGGGUUCACCGGGGACUCUGUUGAAGCUGAAGGGUCAAUCCUUCUGACUUGCGAGUUGGGCACAGGAGACCAGGUCGUCCAAAAACAAAUGAGGUUUGUGGUAGUGAACAUCAAAUGUGUUCACAACGCCAUCCUAGGCCGACCUGGAAUAAACAAGGUCCGUGGAGUCAUCUUCAUGGCCCACCUCUGCAUGAAGUUCGAUAUCCCGGGUGGUAUCGGACAAGUGAGAGGAGACCAAAAGAAGGCCCGGUCUUGUUACUUGGAGGCCGUAAAGAAAAUGACCAAGGCAUUUGAGAGGGUUACCUUGGUUUCCCAUGAAGAAGAGCGGUCAAAACUGGAGUCGUGUGAUGAGACCGAGCAGAUUGUUCUCCGCGAGGCUUUCCCGGAAAGGAUGACCGGAAAGUUUCUGGGGUUCAUGGUAACCAAGCGUGGUAUUGAGCCUAAUCCUGAGAAGAUUAAAGCCAUAACCGAGAUGAGAUCGCCCAGUUCAUUGAAGGACGUGCAACGACUGACCGGGCGGUUGGCAGCUUUGAGUCGUUUUCUCUCCCGUUCCGCCGAGAAGGCUCUACCUUUCUUCAAAGUUCUAAAGAAGGCAAAUGCGUUCGAGUGGGACCGGGAGUGCGAGGAAGCUCUCCAGCAGCUGAAAGAGUACUUAGUUUCUGAUAUAGUUCUGUCCAAACCCAAACCGGGUGAGACUUUGUACUUGUAUCUAGGAGUUUCCCAAAACGCUGUAAGCUCUGUCUUGAUAAGAAAUGAAGACGGCCAGAGGCCUAUUUACUAUGUGAGCAAAGCACUUAAUGGGGUAGAAAGCCGGUACACUGCCAUUGAAAAAACAGCAUACGCACUUUUUAUUACGGCCAAAAAACUGACCGCGUACUUCCAAGCUCACACUGUGGAAGUACUAACCGAUCAGCCACUUGGGCCGGUACUCCGAAAUUCAACCUCCUCAGGGCGAUUGAUCCAGUGGGCGAUGAUGCUCACUCAGUUCAAUAUAGAGUAUAAACCGAGGACCGCAAUCAAGGGUCAAGCUUUGGCAGACUUUCUCGUUGAACUGACCGGUUUAGAGCCCGAAGACGGACCUUCCCAUACGGUCGAACCAUGGUGGGAUAUGGCCGUUGAUGGGGCCUUUGGACCGAAGGGAUGCGGAGCCAGCGUAGUUUUCACUACCCCGGAAGGAUUCAAGAUCUACCAUGCCUUGGUUUUUAAUUUCAAACUCACCAAUAAUGAGGCGGAGUAUGAGGCGUUGGCCGGUGGACUCAGAUUAGCCCGGGCUCUCGGGAUAAAAAGGAUGAAGAUCCGUUCCGAUUCAAGUCUGGUCGUUGGACAGGUCAAUGGUGAGAUGGAAGUAAAAGAAGAUCGCCUGGCCCGGUAUAGUGACCUGGUCCGAGCGCUCCUAAGGGAGUUGGAAGAGUUUCGUUUGACUAGGAUACCCCGGUCAGAAAACACUGAUGCAGAUAUGCUCUCGAAGUUGACGCAAGCUUGCCCGGAGCAUGUGUUAAAGUUGGCAAAAAUUGAGAUACUCGACGUGCCGAGCGCAGACCGGUUUGAAGUGGCGGCCAUCCAACCGGGCCAGACUUCAGCAAUCGGGAUAAUCGGAGCAGAUGAUGACUGGAUAUACGAUCUCAUGGAGUAUCCGGAGACCGGUCAGAAACCAGAUGAUGAAGAAUGGGCCAGGAAGGUGCUCCUGCGGGCUCCUCAUUUUCAGGUAAUCGAUGGUCACCUGUACAAACGAGCCAUUGGCGGACCUCUCCUACGUUGCCUUACCAACCCGGAGGCUGAGCGGGUAAUAGUUGAGGUACAUGAGGGAGUUUCUGCAGCCCAUCAAAUGUCCCGCACUUUGGCUCAAAGAAUUAUAUUGCUUGGCUACUAUUGGCCGACCAUUAUUAGGGAUUGCGAGCGAAGGGCAACUGGAGAGACUCCUUUCGUGCUCACGUACGGAUGUGAAGCCCGACUACCAGUAGAGGCAGAAAUUCCAACAUUUAGAGAAACCGUGUACCAGCCCGGUCAGAAUGAGGCCGACCACCUAGCUGAAUUGAAUCUGGUGGAAGAACGAAGGACCAUAGCAGUUGUCAAGAUGACCGGUUACCAACAGUCAGUAAAGAGGUAUCAUGACAACCGGGUGGGCCCACGAUAUUUCCAAGUGCAUGAUGAAGUCUUACGCAGAAGGGAUGCUAGUAAGCCUAAUGAGAAAGGCAAGCUAGUACGAAACUGGGAGGGACCCUAUCGCGUAAAGGCUAUCGUCAGGCCGGGCACUUACCAACUGGAGACCAUGGAAGGUGGCCGGGUUGACCGACAUUGGAACUCUCAUCACUUGCAUAAAUUCUUUAGAUAAAGUGUAAUGAGUUCCCUAGACGUCAAUAAAACUCUGUUCUUUUC